CUUCUUCACAAUUCAAACCAGUUGUACACAGCAGCAAAAACAGCAAGCAUUAGCACAGGCGCAUAUAGUAGAAGAGGUCUUUGUAAAAGCUAGAAUACUGAAAGAUGGAGUUUAUAUCUGCAAUCAUUAGUCCUUUUGUUCAAUCAUUAAUGGAUCCUGUUAAAAAACAGCUCGGAUAUAUCUUUUCCUCCACAAAACUUGUUAGGAACAUGAAUGCCAAAAUGAAGCAACUGGAUGGUACAAUCCUUGAUGUCAAAAAGCACAUGGAAAGAAACAAUAUAAGUAAUCUGGAGAUACCUGCUCGUAUACCUAGUUGGUUGGAAGAAGUUGAAAAGACUAAAGAAAAAGCUCAAAGCAUUCCAAGUACUGGGAAUGGAUGUUUUAACAUGAAAAUGAGGUAUCGAGCUGGAAGGGAGGCAUUCAAGACUAUGGAGGAGAUGGAAAGUUUUAUUGAUGAAAAUAGUAAGAUAACUUGGAGUGAUGCUCAAAGACCUCUUGGGAAAGUGAACUCGAAAAUCGCAUCUAGUUCUUCACCUUCGGAUGCUGGUGCCCAAAAUCACUUCAGAUCGAGAGAGAAAAGUUUUAAGGAGAUACUCGAUUUCCUUCAACAAGAUCACAAGAGCAAAGUGAUAGCCCUAUGUGGAAUGGGAGGUGUGGGAAAAACCACUAUGAUGGAACAAGUGAAAAAGACUGCAGAAGAUAAGAAGAUGUUUGAGUAUGUUGUGAAGGUGGUUAUUGGGCAACAAAUUAACAUGUUUUCUAUUCAGCAAGCUGUAGCAGAUUACAUGGGCUCAUCUCUAACUGAAAUGAGUAAAGAAGCAAGAGCAGAUCGUCUUCGUAUAACAUUUGAGAAACUUCUAGAAGGUAAAAGAAGGGUUUUGCUGGUAUUAGAUGAUGUAUGGGAGACAAUUGAACUCAAAGAUAUUGGAUUGAGUCCUUUGCCUAACGGCUUCAAGCUGUUGCUGACAUCACGAUAUGAAAAUAUUUGCAAACAAAUUGCUGUAGAAGCUGAUCCAGAUUUGAAAAUAGUUAGAGUGGAAGUGAUGGAGGAGCCUGAAGCACAAAAUUUCUUUUGGCAAAUUACAGGUUCUUUAAAACAACAUGAUAAGGAGCUGAAUAAAAUAGGAACAAAGAUCGUGAGAAGAUGUGGGUUUUUGCCCCUUGCCAUUAAUCUCAUUGCCAUUCGUCUUAAGUUUGAAGAAAAGGUUGCAUGGAGAGAUACACUUCGCCGUUUGGAGAAUAAAAAUCUUGAUUAUGUGCAAGAAAGUAUUAAGAUAAGCUACGACUAUAUACAAGAAGAGGAGGAAAAAGCAAUUUUUCUUCUGUGUGGCUUGUUUCCUGAUGACUUUAAUAUUCCAAUCGAGGAACUCACAAGAUAUGCAUGGGGCCUACGGUUGUUGAAUGGAGUUUCUACUUUGGGAGAGGCUAGGGACGGGACAGAGACGCAUGUGCACAGUCUCAAAAAAGCAAAUUUGUUGAUGGAUGGCGAUGAUGAUGAUGGGUGUGUCAAAAUGCAUGAUCUUGUGCUCGAUUUUGUUUUAGGAAGAGUUUCUAAGGGUGACCAUCCAUGGAUAAUCAACCAUGGUGAUAAUUCAAAGUGGAGUAGUGCUGGAAUGAGUGAGUCUUGUAACAGAAUUUCUAUUACUUGCAGGGGUAUGUUUGAGUUUCCUAGAGACUUUAAAUACCCAAACCUUGCACUUUUGAGACUUAUGCAUGGAGAUAAGUCGCUUAAGUUUCCUGAAGAUUUUUAUAAAAAAAUGGAAGAUCUUGAAGUUAUAGCCUAUGAAAAAAUGCAGUAUCCGUUGCUUCCCAGAUCACCUGAAUGCUCCACCAAGCUACGAACACUCAUUGUCCACCAGUGCCUAUUGAUGUUUGAUUGCUCUGUUAUUGGUGAACUCUUGAAUUUGGAAGUGCUCAGUUUUGCUCAUUGUGGCAUCAGAAAGUUACCAUCCACAAUCGGAAAGUUGAAGAAGCUAAAGCUACUGGAUUUGACAGGGUGUCUUAAUCUUCGUAUUGAUGAUGGUGUCUUGAUAAAUUUGGUCGAGCUUGAAGAGCUUUAUAUGAGAGUUGAUGAUAAAAAGGCUAUUUGCUUCACAGACAGCAAUCGUGUUGAAUUAGCAGAGCUUUCGAAUCAUCUUUCUGCAUUAGAAGUUGAGUUCUUCGACAACAACAGUACACCCGCGAAUAUGCUGUUUACUAAACUUAAAAGGUUCAGGAUCUCUAUGGGAUGUGGUUUAGUAGACAAUACUGACAAAAAUAUGCACUCAUUUGAAAACACAUUGAGGUUGGUCACUAAUAAAGAUGAGUUAUUGGAAUCUAGCAUCAAUGAGUUGUUUAAGAAAACUGAGGUGCUUUAUUUGGAGGUGGAUGGUAUGAACGAUCUUGAAGAAGUUUUAAUGGAAUCAGUUCAUCUUCCUCAGCAGGGGUUUAAUAAUCUAAGAGUCCUUGAUGUGUUCAAGUGUGAAAACUUGAGGUACCUCUUCACAGUCCCUAUUGCAAAUGGUUUGGUGAAGCUUGAGCGCCUCACAGUUUCACAGUGCCCUGUUCUGGAAGUACUUGCACAGAGUGAGAAUGGUGAAGCCGGGGCAAUUAAGUUUCAGGGGCUAAAGUUUCUAAGUUUGGAGAUGCUACCAGAUUUGAUAGGUCUUUGCAACACUGCUAAUGUAAUUGAGCUACCACAGCUGGUGGAGUUGGAACUUGAUGGCCUUCCUAAUUUCAGUAGCAUUUAUCCAGAGAAAACAUCUGCAACAUCUUCUAUGUCCAGUAAUGCCUCUGCAAUUCAACCAUUCUUUAACAAACAGAUGUUGAUUCCUAAGUUGGAGAAAUUGGAGAUUUGGCGGAUGGAUAAGCUGAAAGAGAUAUGGCCUUAUCAAGUUAUAAGUAGCAAAGACGUUGAUGCCUGCAUGUUGAGAGAGAUUAGAGUGAGAACAUGUGAUAAUCUUGUGAAUCUGUUUCCAACCAAUCCCAUGUCUUUGCUGGGUCGUUUGGAAGAGCUUCAUGUUUCUAAUUGUGGAAGCAUUGAAUUGUUAUUUAACAUCGACAUGAGUUGUGUUGGUGAGUUUGAAGAGUACAGUAGCAACUUGAGAUACAUCCGUGUAUAUGGUUUGGGGAAGCUAAGAGAGUUGUGGAGGAUGAAAGGUGAAAGUAGCUCUGAUAUCCUCAUCCGUACCUUUCAAGCUGUUGAAAGUAUAGGAAUAGAUAAGUGUGAGAGGUUUGUAAACGUAUUCACACCGACCGUGACCAAUUCUGAUGUGAAAACAGUUAUGAAUGUGAGUAUCGAUGGUAGGAGAACUUGGGAAGAAACCAGGGGAAACAUUGAAUUGGUUCAGAACAACCAAGAGAUUAAUGUUAUAUCCAAGGCAGAGAUCAUUUCAGAGGUGUAUGCUAAUAUUCCUGACGUUGAAUCCUCAAUUCAUCCCAAACCUUUUCACGUUAAUCACCUUCAAACACUUUAUGUAAGCGGCUGUAAGGAUGUUGAAGUGGUGUUUGAGAUAGAGAGUUCCGGUAGCAACAGCAGCAGCAGCACAGAUUUCGCAACAACUCUGCAUAAAUAUAAUCAUCAACCACCUCUACUACUUCCCCACCUCAAGUAUUUAAAUUUACGAAAUAUGGAGAGGAUGAGUGAUGUGUGGAAGUGCAAUUGGAAGAAACUUGUAAUUCCUCAAAACCCAUCACAAUCCUACUCAUUCCACAACCUCACCGACAUAUCCAUGGGUUCCUGCAAAAGCAUAAAGUACUUAUUUUCACCUGUCAUGGGCAAACUUCUUCCCAACUUAAAGGUGGUCUGGAUAAGCAGUUGUGAUGGUAUUAAAGAAGUUGUUUCAAAUAGAGAUAUUAAUGAUGAAAAUGAAGAAAUAAUAUCUUCUACUCACACAAACACCAUCUCCUCCUUCCCUCUUCUUAAUUAUCUCAAGCUUUAUUCUCUGCCAAGCCUAAAGAGCAUCGAUGGCGGUACUACGAUCACAACUACUUCCAUCCAUGAUCAGUUCAAGUGUUCUCAAGUCAGUGUUGCUUCUUGGUUCUUAUGCCAAUACUCCAAAAACAUACAUAUAUGGAAUUGUCCUGCCCUAUCAAGAGUGUUUCCAUCCAAUGUAGUGGGACAACUGAAUAAGCUUGAAGAGUUGAGAAUAUCAAAAUGUAAGUCAAUGGUGGAGAUAUUUGAAAGUAAAGAAAUAAACAAAGAUAGUGUUGAUAGUACUACGAAUGUUGGUGAUGGAAGUGAUGAUACUUGUACUGCAAUCACCAUCCCAAGGUCCGCAGAUAUGACCUGGCUUGAAUUGCCCAACCUUACGAAAUUGCAAAUCUAUAACUGUGAAGUUUUGGAAUAUAUAUUCACAAGUUCCACACUUGAAAGCCUCAAGCAACUCAAAGAACUGACUGUAAAACAAUGCAAGGCAAUGAAAGUGAUUGUGAAGGAAGAGGGAGAGCACACAGAAACAUCUAAAUCUAUAAUAGUCUUCCCCCGUCUCAAGUCCCUUACACUUGUAGAUUUACCAGAUCUCAAGGGUUUCUUCUUGGGGAAGAAUGAGUUCAGGUGGAAAGCAUUGGAAAAGGUUGAGAUGUAUGGCUGCCCACAAAUGAUGAAUUUCACAUCUGGUCACUCCAUGACUCCGAAGCUCAGCUACAUACAUACAGGAUUAGGCAAGCAUAGUCUUGAUCAAUAUGGCCUCAACUUCCAUUUGACAAAUGUUACACAUGAGGAUGAGACUCAACUCCCUAUGUGCUCUACUCCAGAUAUGAUAAAACUACUUCAGUUCCCUUGGUCUUUUUCAAAUUUAGUUGAAGUAGAUGCACAAAAGAGUGACAACUUGUUGAAAAGCCGCAUAAUUUUUCCAUGCAAGGAGUUGCUUAAUUUGAAGAAUCUUGAAAAUCUAUCUAUUACCAAUGCCUAUGAUUCUGUAACGGAGGAGGUAUUUGAAGUAGCAGAAGGGACAAAUGAAGAUGUGGAUAUUGAAACACAAUCUGUUGUGGUAUUUGAGAAGCUAAAAGAGGUGACUUUGGGUGGAUUUUAUGAACUAAAACAUAUGUGGAAGAGCAAUCGGUGGAUAGUGUUGAACUUUCCAAACCUUACAAAGGUCUCAAUUAAUAAAUGUCCACUUCUUGGACACGUUUUCACUGGUUGCAUGGUUGGUAGUCUAUUGCAGCUCCAAGAGGUACAAAUAACUGACUGCAAGAGUAUGGAUGUGAUUGUCAAACAAGUUGAAGAUUCCGAAACCAGACCGACUACUACUGAGGUUGUGUUCCCUUGUCUAAAAUCCAUAACACUUUACAACCUUCCAAAUCUCAAGGGAAUAUGCCUAGGAAAGGAGGCUUUUGAAUGGCCAUUGUUAGAUGCUUUGGAAAUCAAUAAUUGUCCAAAAAUAACAGUUUUCACAAAUGGGCAAUCAACUACUCCGGAGCUAAAGUUAAUAGAUACAACUUUUGGAUUGUGUCAUGCAACGGAAGACCCAAACUCUUUCAUAAAGACCAAACAAGAAGAGGGAUGGCAGUUCUAGAGAAACAUUUGAAUUCACAUGUGCAGUUUGGCUCAUUUUGAAGUCAGCUAUAUAGCACAGAUAUACCAAAUAGAAGUACAUACCACAGUAUCCAAGACAACUUUCUUUUUCGAAGCAAUAUGCAACUGAUCCACCAACACAAACAAAUCAGGAAUGGAUUCAAAAGGAAUUUGUGAAAUCUCCAACCAUUUAAAAAUCUCAAACCAACUCCUAGCAACAACCUCACAUUUAACAAACAAAUGAUCUCGUUGCUCAACCUCCACAUUACAAAUAGUGUUUUUAUCGUCGCCUUCAAUGAAUAUAUCUCAUGACGAAUUUGAAUAAACCAUUGUUCAUGAAAGCCUGAGAAAUGAGGAUAAUGCCCUCGACUAUGAGCCACCCAGUAUGAAGGAAAUACCAAUCAAGAAAACCAAUGGGACCUGUAUGGACUAUGAAAAAGAGAAUAUGGAAAUGACAGAUGUUGAAAUGAUGAAGGCAAUAUCUUACUUAUUUUUGUAUCACUCUUUAUUUUCUAUUAUUUUUCUAUUUUUUUCGUUUUUCAUUAGGGUUCAUAAUUUUUGUUGAUGGAGGCUUCUCAUAGUGAGGUUACACAUUAAUAUUAUGUAAAUUUGUGAGCUCAAAUGUUAACAUUCAGUCAAUGCUUCAAUUUGUUAUUACACUUAGCAAGCAAAAACUACAUUUGUUUGUAUGGCUUCAUCAUCUUUGGUGCGAUACUUUUGUAAAUUUAAAAGAG